GCAGGUAACUUCUUGAGGGCUUUCCGAACAAUGCCUCAGGUGUCAGCUUUAGGACUUGUCCUUCAUGAUGAAAGCUGUGGAAGAGUGGAUUUCCCUCGACUUAUCCAAAGCUGGCAGAGAUUUGUUCUCAUGCAGAUACACGAGGAAACCUGUGUUCAAGUGGAGUCAGCGGACACCACAUCUGCGGCAGGGGGCAAGGCUGACACAAGCAGUGACACAGUUGCUGUUGUCGACAAUGGCGACGGUGGCAAAAAGUCUGGGGGCAAGAAGAAACGAGGCAAAAAGGCGGCACAGAAUGGUGGAGAGGCCAAUAAGGGUCAAAGGUCACAGCAAGAGGAAACCAGCACUGAGAAUAGUGAGAGCUGUGAGACAAGCGCAGAUGAACCACAGGCGCCCAUGACUCGCUCCAUCAUCCGUGACCUGCUGGGCAUCAACAUUAUGUCAUCUCUGCAGUGUAAAUGUGGCCUGACCAGCGACCGCUACGUGGAUGGGACACACAUCAACCUCAUGUACCCUGAAUGCCGUCCUAUGGGUCCGAACUCACCCCCGUUGUUCAUCAGUUUUGGUGAGGUAGUCCAGCAUAGCAUGACUGCAGCCACCAAUAUCCAGGCCUGGUGUUCAACUUGUAAUCGAUACCAGCACCAUUGUCAGCGGAAGAGCAUACAGAAUCUUCCGGAUGUUCUGGCUUUGAAUUGUCACACAGAGAAUGAGAAGAAUCUGGACUUCUGGAAGAUCCAGUUUGAGAUUAUUCGACAGCGACACAAAGAUGUGAUGGUUCCGUCUGCUGUCAUCAGGCCAUCUUCCCAGUCGGCCAUCAGAUGCCGAUUUGGCAACGCCUGCCACCGGCCGGACUGCCGCUUCCAGCAUGAUGGGCCUCGAGAGUGCGAAGCUGACAUGAAGAAAAAGCAGCCAGAAGAAGAUGAUGAAUUUGGGCCAAGCUGGAUUCCAUUGGGCUUGAAGAUUGUGAGGAACCCUGAUGGGAGUGUGGAUGUCACUGAAAUCUCAGAUGAGGAACCUUUGCCAAGUACAGAGAAUGAGGAUGUCAGGUACUAUGAGCUGUACAGUGUGGUCAGUAAUGUGCUGUCCUCUUCUGGGGGCAACCUGGUGUGUUGUCUCAAGGUGGGAGAGAAGUACCAUCAGCGCAAGGAGAGAGUCACCUGCACACAGUGGUACCUCAUCAAUGAUUUCUGCAUCACCCCAGUUGAGAAGGAUGAGGCCGUGGAUUUUAAACUGGAUUGGAACGUCCCUUGUAUUAUUCACUACACCCGCAGAAACUUUGUCUCUCGAUACGACCUCACAGUGAAGUCCUGGUCGAAUCCAGAUAUUUUAUUCAAUGACACUGCCCUGCUCAACCCCGACCGUCGGAAGGUUACCUUCCUGCCUCUACAAGCUGAGGAGCUUCCAAAGAAGGGGGAGAUUGUAGCACUGGAUGCAGAGUUUGUUUCUCUCAAAGAGGAAGAAGCAGAGCUAAGAAGUGAUGGUACCAGAUCGACAAUCCUUCCAACUCAGAUGUCUGUGGCCAGGCUGACAUGCAUCCGAUGUUCUGGACCGCAUAAAGGGGAACCAUUCUUGGACGAUUACAUCAGCACACAGGAACAGGUCGUUGAUUACUUGACACAGUACUCAGGAAUCAAGCCAGGAGACCUGGACCCGAGUGUGUCCACAAAACACCUGACCACCCUCAAGUCCACCUAUCUGAAACUUCGCUACCUGGUAGAUAAUGGAGUUAUCUUGCUCGGCCAUGGCCUGAAGAAAGAUUUCAGAGUUAUCAACAUUUUGGUGCCAAAGGCCCAAGUUCUGGACACAGUCGAGUUAUACCACCAGCCGAGACAGCGAUACAUUUCUCUCAAGUUCCUGGCCUGGUACUUUCUGAAAAUCAACAUCCAGUCGUACACCCACGAUUCUGUGGAGGAUGCCCGCACAGCCAUGCAGUUGUACAGCCUGUACGAUCGUCUGAAAGAAGAAGGCCAGGAUAAGGUGUCUGCUACUAUCAAAGAGCUGUAUGAAGCUGGCAGGAAAAUCUCCUGGAAAAUUCCUGAUGUUGCCGGUGAAGAGAUCAGCGAAGCUGACUUCCUAUAG